UGGAAGAACCAGGUUGGAGCGAAUCGAUGCGCACGCAAACGUUCUUGCGAAUAGACGAGCGACAGCGACGGCGUUGGCGUCCAAGUCGAACAAAGGUCGGUCGGUCGGUGAUGUAUCGGCCGAACGUGCACUAAACCAGCCCCCGACAUGAAUAUUCGAUUGUUCAUCGGCGAAGUCAAGAAGAGGAAGGCGCUGUGGGAUCAGUCCAGCAGGCAUUACCACAACAAGAAGGCGCUGAGCGACGGCUGGAGGGACAUCGCCAAGAUAUUCAACGUGGAAGUGAUGGUCGCCAAACAAAAAUGGAAAAACCUCCGUGACACAUUCCGCGUCGAACUGAAAAAAACCAAACGCUAUAGCGGCCUGGACGCCUCCGACCCCAUCCAAUCCAGGAGCCUCUGGGCCUACUACGAAGACAUGUACUUCCUCAAAGACAUCCUGCGAACCCGACGCGUCAACGACUUCCCCGACGGACCCACCACGUCCGAAAUUGCCGAAACCCUCAACGAGAACGUGAAAAUCGAAAACGACUCAGAAAUCGCGUACUCGCCCUCCGCCAACAUAGAAGAAGAAACCGAAAACAGCUCCAACUUCGUCAUCGGCAACGUCACCUCGUUGCAUCCCCAGAGCGACGACGCGGACACCACGCACGAACACACCAUGAAGAGGGUGGCGAAGAAGAGGAAGAGCGAGAGUGGGGAAGGGAAUGACGACGACCAAGACGACGAUUUGCUGUUUUUCAGAAGCUUGCUCCCGUUCGUGAAGAGGCUGGAUCAGGAUAAGAAGUUGUUGUUCAGGAUGAACGUGCAGCAGAUGUUGUACAACCAGUUGUACAGUAAUUGAAGACGUGGUGGUGGUUUUCUCAUCUAGAUAAUUUUAAUUCUAGUAAUUGUUCCAGAAAUUGUUUUUUAAAGAUUUAAAGUGGAUUUUAGCAAAAUGUCAAAAUAGACUGUUAUUGAAAAUAGACUAUGAAGAAAUUUUUUACUAGUUGA